AUGGUGUUCUCUCCUAACCAAGAAGUAUCAACAAAUCCUUCUAAGAGAUGCAAAUUCUUCUCCACAACUCUCAAGGAUGCAUUUGCCAAUUGUCACAUUUUUAAUGAAAGACAUUCUAGUACUCAAAUCUUGGAAGAAGAGGAUGUAAUGGAUGUUUAUGAUGAUGAAGAGGAAGUGUUUGUGUCAAUAGUAAUAAGUAAAUACAUGGAGUCAAAAUGCAGAAAAAAGGCAGCUAUGUCAAGUGAAAAGUUCAACUGGACUUUCUCUCCAACAGCAGGGGAUUUAUUCAUUUCUGAAAAGCUAAUGCAACAAAAAGAGGACAGUGAAGAUGAAGAGAAGGAAGAGAGGGAGGAUUUCUUAUCUGUUGGUACUCGUCUUUCGCGCUGCACGAGUGAUAUCAGCUACGAGGCAUUUGCCACAGCUAAGACAACAUUGUCCCGUUCUUCAAGCUUGAACAGGAUUGAGUUUCAAGAUUUUCCGAGGCGUUCUGUUAUUAAGGAAUUCUCUCACUGUGAAGGAUGGCCAUUUGGUUUAUCCCGUAAACUGUUGUUCCUUCCUCCUUUGCCAAAAUCCCCAGCUGAUUCUUGGUCAUGGAGAAAAAGUGCUAGAAUGAUCAAGAUACACUAAUU